UGGAGCAGAGUCUAAGUUAUAAGGCGGCUGUUUGUAAUUCCUCCUCCAAGACUUUGGAUCAUAUUGCGCUGCUUCGCUUCACCAGCAGACCAUCAAAACUACACUUUGCUUCAGAGAAAAGACUUGAACGAUGUGCGGAAUUUUUGCGUACCUGAAUUACAGAGUUCCACGGUCUAGGAGGGAUAUCUUUCAGACCCUCGUAAAGGGACUUCAAAGGCUGGAGUACAGGGGUUAUGACUCCGCCGGUAUUGCAGUAGAUGGCACAGGGAAAGACCAAGCAGCAAACAUCAGCCUGUUUAAGAAAAGAGGGAAGGUGAAAGCCCUUGACGAAGAGCUCUACAAGAAUGAAUCCAUUGAUCUUGACGCACAACUGGACACACACUUUGGCAUUGCACACACCCGCUGGGCCACACACGGGGAGCCCAGUGCUGUCAACAGUCACCCUCACCGAUCCGACAAGAACAACGAGUUUGUUGUCAUCCACAAUGGGAUCAUCACAAAUUACAAGGAGCUCAAGAAGUUUCUGGUUUCCAAAGGAUAUGAUUUUGAGUCGGAAACAGACACGGAGGUCAUCCCCAAGUUGAUCAAGUAUCUCUAUGACAACCGCGAGAACGAUUUCGUGUCCUUCUCCACCCUGGUGGACCGCGUCAUCCAGCAGCUGGAAGGGGCUUUCGCUCUGGUUUUCAAAAGCAUCCAUUUCCCAGCAGAGGCCGUUGCCACAAGGAGGGGCAGCCCGCUGCUGAUCGGUGUGCGCAGUCAGUAUGAGUUCUCCACAGAGCAGAUCCCUGUUCAGUACAAUUGCAGUGAUUCUAAGAAAGCUGCAGUAGAGGAGAAAAACUGCCGUAACCGUCAGGGCAGCCUCAAUGCCUUACACUCAGUCCAUGAUGGAAUGGCUAUGGAGUUUUACUUCGCCUCUGAUGCUAGUGCCAUUAUCGAGCACACCAACAAGGUGAUCUACCUAGAGGAUGAUGAUGUAGCUGUUGUGAUGGAGGGGAAGUUGUAUGUCCACCGGGUUAAGCGCACAGCAGGGGACGAUCCAGUCCGUGUCAUUCAGACCCUACAGAUGGAGCUCCAGCAGAUCAUGAAAGGUAACUACAAGGCUUUUAUGCAGAAGGAGAUCUUUGAACAGCCUGAAUCGGUUGUCAAUACCAUGAGAGGGAGAAUCUGUUUUGACCGUGACACAGUUGUUCUUGGUGGUCUGUCAGACCAUCUGAAGGAGAUCAAAAGAUGCAGGCGAUUGAUCAUGAUUGGCUGUGGAACUAGUUACCAUGCAGGAGUGGCAACACGCCAGAUACUUGAAGAGUUGACUGAACUUCCUGUAAUGGUCGAGCUGGCCAGUGACUUCCUGGAUCGCAUCACUCCUGUGUUCAGGGACGACGUGUGUUUUUUCAUUAGUCAGUCAGGUGAGACAGCGGACACUCUGAUGGCAUUACGUUACUGUAAGAAGCGCGGGGCACUGACUGUUGGCAUCACCAACACUGUGGGCAGCUCCAUCUGCAGGGAGACAGACUGUGGAGUUCACAUUAACGCUGGGCCUGAGGUCGGAGUGGCCAGCACUAAGGCCUACACCAGUCAGUUUGUGUCUCUCAUCAUGUUUGGCUUGAUGAUGAGUGAAGACAGGCUUUCGCUACAGGAAAGAAGACUGGAGAUCAUUAACGGCCUCAAGAAACUGCCAGAGCUGAUCAAGGAAGUUCUGGCUCUUGACGACAAGAUAAAGGCCCUAGCUGAUGAGCUCGACCAUCAGAGAUCUCUACUGGUGAUGGGUCGGGGCUACAAUUAUGCCACCUGCCUAGAGGGGGCGCUGAAAAUCAAAGAGAUCACAUACAUGCACUCAGAAGGAAUUAUGGCCGGGGAGUUGAAGCAUGGCCCACUGGCGCUGAUCGACAAGGACAUGCCGGUUAUUAUGAUCAUCAUGAAAGACAGCUGCUACCAAAAGUGCCAGAAUGCCUUACAACAAGUUACAGCCAGACAUGGCCGGCCAAUAAUCCUCUGUUGCAAGAACGACCCAGAGAUCAGUAAGAUGGCAUAUAAGACCAUUGAACUGCCUCAGACGGUGGACUGUCUGCAGGGCAUCCUCAGUGUCAUUCCCCUCCAGCUCAUUUCCUUCCAUCUGGCUGUUCUCAGAGGAUAUGAUGUGGACUGCCCAAGGAACCUGGCCAAAUCUGUGACAGUGGAGUAGCUCCUCACAGAAAAUGUGAAGUAGUGAAUGCAGAAGAGGAGAAUACCAAUCACCAAAGUGCAAUUACAAGUGUGGAAGUUUACGUGUGUCUGCAUCCGUUUGAAUGUGGGAUUAUGGGUAUUUAUGAAUUAUGACCAAAGACCCUACAGAACCAGCUAGAUUAAAUUUUAUAAUCCCUUUUACUUAUGUGCCUAUUGCAAUUUAAGGGUACCCCAAACUGUGCCUUAAACCCUUGUAAAUGAGCUCUAAACUGAGCCUGAAGCAUCUUAAAUAAGUCAGAUGUUUACCUCGUACAAACCAGAGUGCAAUACUUUAAUCGGCACAAUGAAUCUGUGUACCGAAAAAACGUGCCUUAAAUCACAGUGACCAAAGAGGUUUAUAUGAAGUGUGAGCAAAGGAAUGAGAGAUGUGUGAAUGUUUUAUGUAUAGUUCAAAAGAGUGCUGAUUACAGCCGAAUAUAACUCGUUUUAAACAUUGAAGUUCUUUUUGAAGGAUUACAUUUAUUACAAUGAUCACGUUUUGUACUGCAGAAACAUAACAUAACCAGAGCAAACAAGUGUUUAUUACAUUAACUCACAUUCAAAACAAACCACAAAAUUUCUGGGUUCCACUGGAAGAUAUACUGUACUGUUUGAGUUUACAUUGACUGUGAAGGACUCAUUGUGGUAACGAUCAUUGUUUUAUGACACACGUUUUCAUUUUUUAUGAAUGAUUUUUUCACAAUUAAUAUAGGAUGUGCCGAGAUGAGAUGUCAAAUUAUUUUUUUUAAGGUUUAGCUGGGUUUAAGUCUCUGAAUGUCACUGUUUGGUUUAAAACCAAAACCUUCAUUUACCAUGUAUGCCUAUUAAAUACAUCCGUUUAAAUCAUUUUUUUAUUUUUUUAGUGAUGGAGUAUGGGUUUUAGCAUGCUUAACUUAAAUGCAGCAAUGACUUACUUUCUGUUUCUUAAUGUUGAUCAAUACUGAAUGAAAUAAAUAAAGCAAUAAUGUAGAACCAG